GUCGAUCGAAGUUUAGAUUUUAAUUCGUUGUUUUCAUUUUUUCUUUGGUGUUUUUGCUCAAUUGAAUUCCAAGUGUUCAGGUGCCAUUUAGAUUCUAAUUAAUUGUAAUUAAUCCAAUUCUUCGCCAUGUCCGGUUCCUUACAGAACAAAGAAAAGGCUUUUCUACAAUUUAUGAUGAGAAGUAAAAGUUUGCCCAAAGAUGAAGCUCUUAAUCUUUGUAUAAAAAUGGAGCUUGCUUCCAAUGAGAAAGCAUUGGAUCAACUAUUGAAGACAAUCAAUAAAAGAAUUAAGGAAUUUCGAUUUGAAAUACGUAAAUUUACCGAUGAGGAAAGUGGAUCUGUUCAUUUGGUGUUCAUUAAUUUAGUUGACAAUCAUAUUAGCCGUUUGUCUACUCUCUACAAUAAAGCUCAACUUGAAUAUUUCAAGAAAGUCAUCUCAGCCAUAGUCACCUCUCCGUGUGGUUACAUUGAUUACAAUGGAGCAUUGAAUUUAACUUCUCAAUUGAUUGAUCAAAAUGUCAAAUUACGUGUCAGCGAAGCAGAUGAAAUGUUAAAAGUUUGGACUCAAGAGAAAUAUUUAACCACCAAAAAGGAUCAGUUCAACAUUUGCUUAGGUAUCCGAAGUCUAACCGAGUUGGAUGUUUAUCUGAGGGAACAUUUUCCCAAUAACGUGACAAGUUGCGAUCUUUGUAAAUCAAUGUGUAUCCAAGGUGUUAAUUGUCCCCAUUUAGGUCUUAAAUUACACACUCAUUGUGCUAAUAAGUAUUUCUCCAACUUUAAAAACUGUACCAUUUGUAAUUGUUGAGCAAAGCAAUUCACUCAUCUCACAAAUCAUCAUUGUACAGAAUUCAAGUAACAAGUAACAAUUAAACAUUAUGUUCAUAAUGUUCAUUUAUUUAUAUAUGAAA